AAGAAGUGUAAUUACGCAAAAGAGAUAAAAGGGCAAAAUCCCCUCCAGAUCAAAUCUUCAGUAGUAGUCUAGACCCUCAAUAAAAGUUCGAUCCGAUCGAUUUUAGUUGCAUAAACCCCAAUCAACAACGCUCAUGACAGUAAUAGAAGUGGAAGCGCCGAGCCCAAUGAGGUACAUGAUGGGAGCAGCUGUAAUGAUGAUCGGAGUUGUAUUGCCGCUUGCUUAUAUGAUGUUUAGGAACAAGCGUGUUCCUUCCUCUUCUUCUUACGCUAAACAGACGUAGGUAUCUCCCUUUCUCUUAUU